AUGAAGUAAAAUGCCUAUAAAUCCUAUUAAAGAAUAUAAAUAAAGAAAGAGGUUGAACAUUCAAAGUUCAAAGAAUGGUAUUGUGAAAUGGUGAAUCAUUUUAAUGGUUUAGUUUUUAUACGCAAUUUCAAAAUUAUAUUCUGUUAUGGAAAGGAAAUAGAGCUUAUCUUUGAUGAUGGAAAAAUAUUAAGAAAAUCAGUUGAUUAGGUUGACCUUAUAUACAAAGAUUAAUAAAAAUAUUAAAUAAAUGAAGGUCUAAUGAGUAUAGAGUUUGUCAAAAAUUUUUAAUGGUAAGGAAGGUUUGGAGAAAAUGAGUAGAAAAUUGGUAAUUGGAAUGCCUUUUGGAAAGGAGAAUCUUUACAAUAUGUUGGAGGAUUGUACUGCAUAAGAGGAAAAAAAUAAAAUAAAUGGGUAGAAUUAAUAAAGAAUAGCAGAAAGUAGAUAUAAUUAAUAUAUUAUAAUUUUAAGUUAAGGCUAUCAAGUAGGAAGAUAUUAAAAUGACAUGAAAAUUGGGAAAUGGGAAUACAUAUAUAAAGAUAUUUAGAUGUAAUUAUUUUUAUUCUUCUUAUUAGAGGAGGAGGUAAUUAUAAUGGAUUUGGAAUAAAGAAUGGAAAAUGGAUUGAACUAAGUGAAAAUUUUUAAUUGUAUUUUAAUUUAAAUAAUUGAUUUUAAUAGGUCAAGUUAAGUUAUAUAUAUUGGAGACUUAAGAAAUGGUAAAAAAAGUGGGUAAUGGGAUAUUUAUUACAAAAAGCCAAAUGAGUUCUCUCAUUAUGAAUUAAUGUAUACUAUAUAAUCAACUGUUUGUUUUUUAUUUAUUAGUGGGGGAGGUGUUUAUGAUGUCAAAAAUUAGAAAAAUGGAUUAUGGAUAGAAUUGAGUGAAGGAUUUUACAGGUAAUUAAAAUAAUUUUAUAAUAAAGUGAAAGCUAAGUUAUUUAUAAAGGUCAGUAUAAAAAUGGAAAAAAAGUUGGUAAAUGGGAUAUUUUUUAUUAAAAAUUUGAAUCGAAAAGAACAGAUGAAUUAAUGUAACUUUAUUAAUAAUUUUCUUUCAUUAAAAGAGGAGGGGGUAUAUACAGUCAGCAAAAUUAAAAAGAUGGAAAAUGGUUAGAAGAAAGUCACAGUUUUUUUAGGUAACUUAUAAAAUAAUUUUCCUUAUAUUAGCAAUAGCUAAGUCAUUUAUAGAGGUUAAUAUGAUUAAGGAAAUAAAAUUGGCAGAUGGAUUAUUGAAUAAAGAUUAGAUGAGAAUAAACCAUUUAAAUAAAUGUAGAUAAUUUAAUCAUGAUUAGUGGUGGUGGAUCCUAUGAUAAGGAAAAUCACAAAACUGGAGCUUGGAUUGAGUUGAAAGAUGAAUUCAAUAAGUAUUUUAAUUUAAUUAAAUCAUUUUCAUUUAUAGUGAUUCAUCUGUCACUUAUUAUGGUGAAUAUUUAAAUGAUAAAAAAAUUGGUAAAUGGGAAAUUUUUGCUUGGCAUUAAUAGAUGUAUCAAAUUUACAAUUAUGAACUAACUUGAUUAGUGGAGGUGGAUCAUAUGAUGAAGAUCAAAACAUAAAAAAUGGUAAAUGGAUA